AAGCGGAGGGUUCUUUGUCUUCUGGUUAAUUUAUUACCACUCGCCUCUUAACUCAUUCACCAUGGCUGGAAAGGAAAUCAUCGUGGUUUUUGGGGCCACUGGUGCCCAAGGUAAUUCGGUGGCAUGUGCUCUACUGGAAGACUGCACCUUUGCGGUCAGAGCAGUGACCCGGGACCCCAGCAAGCCAGCAGCUGCAAAGCUGAAGCAAGCCGGCGCAGAGGUGGUAGCUGGGGAUCUGGACAAUGAGAAGAGUUUGGAAGCUGCGCUAAAAGGAGCUCAUGGAGCUUUUUUGGUCACCAAUACGUCGGGCCAACACGCUGACCAUAACAAGGAAGUCACCCAGGGAAAAUUGGUGGCCGAUCUUGCCAAGCGCCUGGGCCUGAAGCAUAUCGUUUACAGUGGUCUUGAGAACGUGAAAAAGCUGACCGGUGGAAAACUGGGCGCCCAUCACUUUGAUGUCAAAGGGGAAGUGGAGGAAUAUUUCCGACAUAUUGGAUGUCACAUGACCAGCGUGAGGCUUUCCUUCUACUACGAGAACUUCCUAGGCGAUUAUAAGCCCCAGAAGUGCGAAGACGGGAAAUGCUACGCUUUAAACCUGCCGAUGGGUGAUGUCCCCCUGGAUGGAAUCUCAGUAAAGGAUUUGGGUCCAUGUGUUGUCAGCAUCCUGAAGCAUCCAUCUCACUAUGGCGGGAAGAAUAUCGGACUCAGCGCAGAAAAGUUAACAGUGGCACAAUACGCACAUAUUAUGUCUGAAGUCACUGGAAAGACCAUCAAAGAUGCCAAGAUCCACCAUGAUGACUUUGAGAAGCGCAUGGCCCAUGGAGCGAAGCACAUGGCUGACAUGUUUCGGUUCUACAUGACGAGACCAGAACGGGAUGUGGAAGUGACCCACAAGCUCAACCCCAAGGUCAAGGCUUUCCGCCCUUGGUUGGAGGAAAACAAGGCCGCGUUCUGUAAAGAGUGUAAAGAGUGAAAACAAUGGAAAAUAUCAUUUUUUAAUAAACAGUGAGCCAGAUG